UACUCCCACCAUUCCUAUGUUCACAUCCAUAUGUUCACAUCCAUAUGUUCACAUCCAUAUGUUCACAUCCAUAUGUUCACAUCCAUAUGUUCACAUCCCUAUGUUCACAUCCAUAUGUUCACAUCCAUAUGUUCACAUCCCUAUGUUCACAUCCCUAUGUUCACAUCCAUAUGUUCACAUCCCUAUGUUCACAUCCAUAUGUUCACAUCCCUAUGUUCACAUCCAUAUGUUCACAUCCAUAUGUUCACAUCCAUAUGUUCACAUCCAUAUGUUCACAUCCAUAUGUUCACAUCCAUAUGUUCACAUCCAUUU